AUGGCGACAAAAGAUGAGGAUCAAGUCCCGGGUCUGGGCCAAGGUCCAGAUCCAUCGCAUCUGAUGUCACCAGAGCUUUUUGAUGAGUUUAUAGCACUGCAAACUCGUCAGUGGAAAGAGCGGGUUGAAUUUGAGGCUAGACAACAACGAGAAUGGUUGGAUCUUCGGGCAAGACAAGUAGGAGAGGGGAAUCAGACGGCGCUGGAUCCGACGACCCAGCCACAGAGUAGAACCAUCGUACGAGCAACGCCCUCCGUGCAAUCUCCAACAAACAUAUCGAUACUAGCACCGCAGCCAGUUCAAGAUUCACUCUCUCAAGCAAAUACCAAAUCCCGAGUGCCCCCACCGGCUUGCUGUCCGAAUAUCUCCAAAGGUGCUAAAUCUAUCGAUCUAUGUGAUUCAGAAUCGGCAGACAAUGAAGAUCUUAGUGAUGUUGCGACUCCAACGCAGAUACAGAAAUCAGGUCAAUCAGCGACUCAAGAUUGGCAAGCGGGCAAGACAGCCAAUACCAGAAAUCUAGUAAGCGUUUCAAGUAUCGACAAACCGCGAGGGCAAGGCCACAAUAGCCUCAACGACCAGGAUCAGGUCGUUCUCCAAGACUUAUUGAGGCCCUCUAGUAUUUCCAGACAACAAGGACAGAGCGACAGCCAACUUCCUCGGCUCAACGAGAUUGAACUCUUCAACCCUAUCAAGCCGGGAGGGAAGGAACAAAAUCAACAGGUAGUGAAAGCCUACCUGCAUGCUUCAGCGCCAUGCAACAAUACCAUCCAGCUAUUCCCAAGGCAGACACCACGACAGUCUCCCGCAAAAGCUUCGCCAGUUCAGAAACAAAGCCACCGAAAAGGACCACUGCAACCAGACCCGAGGCCAGAAGUUAGCAUGAAUGUCUUUUAUGAGCAAGUUAACAACCGAUCCGGAAUCGUAAGAGAUCCGCCUUCUCUACCACGUAAUCCAAGCCUUCUUUCGCUUCAAACCCAACAAAAGAACGGUGGCUUCAUCCGAAAUGCUCUGAAGGAUGGAGGAAGUCAGAUUUGGUUCCCUGAGAUACAGAGUAUUCUUCAAAAUUACAACCCUCAUAGUGUACAACGAGAUGUAGAGUUGAUAGAUAGGAUCUCAGAUAUCAAACCAAGCCGCCGAGCGGAUUCUCCCGUGCAUAUAUCUGCACUGUUGGCGCUACAGAAGAGGAGGGACUCCAGGGCGCAAAGCGACAGUAUGCAACUAGAGACGACUCAAUGUCAACCUUGUAUGGGCACUGUUUAUGAUCCAGUCACUCCGCCUGGCCACCUCUCGUCUGCCGAACAACGUUCAAAAAUCCGAGAGCUGGGUGGACAGCUUCGGGGCACUUGGGGUGAGAAGCCUCAUCCUCCGCGAUCUUAUCCAAGCACGCCACCUUUAUACACACAGGACCUCCCUCUCCUUGAUCGUGAGAUGGCUAUGCACCUAUCGCAGUCUGAGGAGAAACAGUCUGUUCUAGUCAAGGCCAAAGUCUCGAAAGGACUCAGUGAUACCAUAACCUCACUUUCCAGUAUACCAGCGCCACCAAGGGCUCCACAAAACGCGCCUUCAAACCUACAAACUUCACCACCCAGCACACCAAAGGUUCAGCGAGCUAUCUCACCACCCCCACAAUUCAAGACCCCGGCUGUCCCAAAGAUCGUCUUCCCAAACAAUGCCACAUCUGAGCUUACACAGCGACGCCGUAUGAGAGAAGCCUCUAUCGCAUCUCAAAAUUCGGGGUUUUCAACACUCUCGCAAACUACCAGCGCAUCGCAGAGCCGGAAAAGGAAGAAUACAAUUAAUCUCAGCGACGACGGGUCUGAUUCCGUGCUUUCACGAUCGGCUUCACCAGCUAACAGCAAUGCAAACGAGGUGCUAAAAACCUUGGCUACAAUUACACCUCCAGCUACCAAGAAAACGAAAACAGAGACAGGAGCAGCACACCGGAAAGGCGUUGCCCGGGUGGUCAAGAGGCAGACAGUUGCUCCCACGACACCGACAAAACCUAAGGCCAGGAUGACGACGCCAGCAGCACCUAGGGCCCCUGUGGCGAACAGGAAUCGGGACUUUAACAACAUGCAAGUGCAAAGCCCAGGCUCGCCGUCUGUUCGCGCUUGCUCCAAAGCGGCCGUUAAACUAAGUCACCGAGCAAAUCCCUCCAGCAGACCAACUGAAACCCCAGUGUCCCCACCCACGCCGAAUCUAUACAGUCCUUCUGGCCGCCAAAUGCGAAUAGCCGGCGCUCAAGCUAGAGCUAGAAUUCGAGAAGCAGCGAAAGAGCUGGCGGAGGCUCAACAGCAUGCUGGAUUCGCACGCGUGGAGGAUAUGGAGGCGGGGAUGAGGAGCGUCAGCUUGACUGCUUCUCGGAGGGUUCAACGCCGUCAGAUGGGCGGAGCGAGUGAGGGUGAGGGUGGUGAGGAUGAUAGUGGAUGUGUGUAUGACAGGACGGCGUGGCAAGAAGGCUAUGGGGAUGGGGGAUCAGGAGCUGGAAGGAGAUUAAUAUGGGGGGGGUUGGAUGUUCAGCACCUCAGCUCGUUCAAGAUGGAGAAUGAGGUGGUUUUUAGUGUUAAUGAGGAGAUGGCAGACGAUUCUGGGAGUGCUGAACAGCAUACAGAAUGUUGGCUGUGGGAACAAGACCAGAGAUUGGAGUUCCGCUUGGUAGGGCUGGGGUCCAAGCCGCCGAGUUUGUUUCUGGCUUUUACGGUCUUCUUUGUAUUCAUACAUCCAUUUGCGGGAGGAGGUAUUGUAGCCGGACACCAAGGCUUGAAGUUGGCAUGCGGUCCCGCAAGAUUAUAUUCCCAGAGCAAGUCGCUCCAUCCCUUCCUUGCAGAUAACUAUAUAAAACCACGGUUGAAACUGAUUGAUGCGAAAUCCUUGACGCGGAGCAUGGAAUACCCAGAACCUUGUGUUAACGAUACGACAGCCACCAUCCACUUGCAACUAAAUACAAGAUAUGAGCCUUUCUUGAAUUCUCUAGUCUCUUGGGAUCUAUUAAGUUAUACUUUGCGACAUGCUAUGCUCCCCACUAAGAAUACAAAUGACGAGAACGCCUGUUGGCGUUUAGGAAGAUGCGAGAUUAGCUACACCCGCCAAAGCAGGCUGUGGGUACAGGUAGCACUAGCAUUUUUCCUCCACAAUAGAGUGUCCUUCUGUAUUAGCGUCUUACGUUAUGCCCUUCCACCUCCCCCAAGUGACCCUCGGUGUGGCAGUUACAAGCACAGCUACAAUUCCCAACCACCUACUCGACUCCCAAACCAGUUGAACAAAGUCGCCGAUAUGAGAGUCAAGUCCUUGGUCAACACCUCAAUAUCUGAGGCAUGUCUUCGAAGGCAGGAUCGGAUCGACUCCGAUUUUGAGUAUGUUCAAUAUUAG